UAAAUUUAAACAGCAGCAAGAUCCGUGUCGGUGCAGUAGACUUCUGAAUUUUCAGUUUAUUAUUAUUAUAUAUAAAAUGGUUCGUAAAUCCUUAAUUGUAUUGCUGCUGGUCAGUGUAUUAGUUUCGACGUUCUUAACAACUGAUGCGUAUCCAGCAUCAUUCGACGACGACUUUGAUGCAUUAGACGAUAUGAAUGAUUUGGAUUUAGAUGAUUUAUUGGAUUUAGAGCCUGCUGAUUUAGUUUUAUUAGACAUGUGGGCUAACAUGCUGGAAAAUUCGGAUUUCGAAGACGAUUUUGAAUAAUUUUACUUCGAGUUCUAACGCUUUUUAGAGUUGAUGUGUAAUGUUUUUGUUUUUUUGAAAAUAAAGUAAUAAAAUUUAAUGAGUUUUUCUGUCUCUCGUAAGGAAUA